UUAUCUGUGGACAUGGUUAUGUUGACAUGUCCCGCCUACUGGCCGGUCCUCGGACUUCACACAGACGGUUGUGUGUUUAUUAAAAAUGCACUCUGAUGUGGCAAAUUUUCAGCUACACCCAUUUGUCUACACUGGCCAGCAUUCACAAAAUCUACCACACCCUGCACAGGCUGAACCUGACGGAGAACGUUGGACAGGACAGUCACUCCACAGCCUGCUGCUCCAGAGCCAUGCCUCCUAGGAAAAAGAGGAGACCCACUGCUGGAGAUGACCUGCCAGCCAAGAAGAGUCGCCAGGACAGUGUUUUUAGAAAACAUGAGGCACCACAAAUCCGAGAGGAGGAGAGCUUCUCCAGUAAAAGAUGUCUGGAGUGGUUCUACGAAUACGCAGGCUGUGAUGAUGUCGUGGGGCCAGAGGGAAUGGAGAAGUUCUGUGAAGACAUUGGAGUGGAACCAGAAAAUGUGGUGAUGCUGGUUCUGGCCUGGAAGCUGGAUGCCCAGAGCAUGGGCUACUUCACCCUACAGGAGUGGUUGAAUGGCAUGGGCUCCCUGCAGUGCGACUCCACAGAGAGGCUGAGGAACUCCCUGGACUACCUGAGGUCUGUCCUAAACGACACCACCAACUUUAAGCUCAUUUACAGAUACGCCUUCGACUUCGCUCGGGAAAAGGACCAGAGGAGUUUAGAUCUGAACACAGCCAAGUGCAUGUUGGGGCUUCUCCUUGGAAAGACUUGGUCACUGUUUCCUGUGUUCAAUCAGUUUUUAGAGCAAUCCAAGUAUAAGGUCAUCAACAAAGACCAGUGGUGCAACGUUUUAGAGUUCAGCAGGACAAUCAACCUGGACCUCAGUAACUAUGACGAGGAUGGAGCCUGGCCAGUUUUGUUGGAUGAGUUUGUGGAAUGGUACAAAGAAAGACAGAUGUCAUAGCAUCAGGUACACUGCAACAAACGUCAACAAAACAACAUAAUACGACGAUAACGACAACGGCUAUGAGAAAACAAACUAUACAAAAUGGGAGAGGUGCGUGUCAGUGAUGACAGGUGGUGCUUCCAGGUAAUGAUUGCAGUGUGGUUUUGGGCGAGGGGGUGUAAGGUCAAAACUGGGUGUAAGUUUCCCCGGGGAGAUUGGGAUGUAGAUUACUUAUGGUCACCAUCUCCAGGUAAUGUUCCCUACCCAUGUUGCAUUGUGGUUAAGCACAUGGCAGCCCCUGUGGCGUUGCACCCCCUCACUGUGAUGUCAUAUUGCUGUGUGAUAGGAUAACCUGUUCUCAUGAGUGGCUGACGUGGGCUAAAUGGUUUUGUGUGAAAGAAAGAUCCACUCUUCAACCCUUCGCUCCUGCGAGGAGGAAUAAAACAAACAAAAUCCCUCCCUUUUGAACAGUCGGUCUUAGUCUUAAAUCAAGGUCAUUUUGACCUGGGCACAUUUGAAUAUUGUAUAUCCGUGCUUUGAACUUGAUCUGUGCUUGUCUCUUUAUAACCUACAGAACCCAUCGUUUCUAUCAGUUGUGUCCUAUAUUUGGGUUGAAUUGGAAUUCUGAAAGAAGUACAUUGUGUCAAAUGGCUGAGUGUUACAGUAGUUGUUCUUUUAGCCAUGGUCCUUAAAGCUGUUACAGGUGGAUGAUGACUCCUGCACAGUUUACUAUGAUGAAGUAAUUUGUGCCAGUGAUUUUGAGCCCCCAGUGGUUUUCAUCCCCACGCUCACUAUGAGCCUGUGCUAAAGCAUUUUAGCCCCCUGCGAAGGCUUCAGUUCACCUCAUACCACAACAACUAACCAAUCAGCAGUGCUGCUUAUUAACUCUUAUUACAGUGCAGUGGUCAGUCGUUAGUGGACUGGCCAGCAUUCAUGGUUUACGUGACCAAUCUAUGUUUCUAAGCUGUAGGUUUGUACGAGUAUUUUUUACUUAUUUUUUAGAGGUUGCUUUACUUGCUCAACACGCACACACACACACACAGUGGUCAGGGAUUAGAUCAGGAUGAAAUGAGACUGUUGGGCUUAUCAUUCAAGAGGUCUCAAAAUCAUGGACAUUGAAGGGUUAGAUUUAGAACCCUGUGACGAUGCUAUGCGUAGGCUAAUGUUCUUGUAACACAUGUAUAAACAUUUGUCUCUGGCUGUGAUGUGACGCUCAAUUGUCAUGAGUGAAACUUUGCAUGCACGCUCUCCGUCAGAGCCAUCUGUGAAUGGAUGAGAUUAUUGAAAACUUGUUUUGUUGUUUUUUGUUCAGGAAUUUGUGCUUCAUUUGAUAUCCUCCAUGUUGUCUUAACGCUUUAUGAAAACCAUGAUCGUGUAUAUUCAGAGCUGAAACACACAUGUAACCUCAUUUGGGGAAGAGGAGUUCCCUCCUGCAUUUGCCAACCCCUCCCCCCAUCACACACACAGUAAAAACGACAAUUAAGAACCCCACUGUCAGUCUCAAAUAAAUGGACAUGAACUGAAAUUAACAUGAGACUGCGUGUGGUAAAAGAAUGGUAUCAGAUCUUUUGACAUGUCAAUCAUUGAUUGGUCAAACCCAGUGGCGUCUGAUCCACAACUAAAGCAUGUACAGUAAAUUGAUCAAUUUAUGAAGUAAUGAGAUCUCCACUUAUCAGUGAUCCAUGAUGCUUUUGCUGUCCUGUCAGUCAUCAGUGUAUUUGUGUAUAUUAGGUUUUCGGAGAUGUGGCUGGACUGCGCACUAAUAAUUUGUACAAAGUCUAAUUCAGAUGGUGUUCUAAAUUGGUAAUGCAGGAGGUUGAACAACCCUGUCCUGACUGUAUAUGUAUGUACAGUAUGUGUGUCUGUUUUCACUGUAACCUACAGUAUCUCUACAUAUAUAUAUAUAAAGGGGUUUAUUAACUUA